CCUAGGUAUGUUUUGUCACUACGAUUAGAGCUGUCAAAACGGUUUGGGCUCGUGAGCCAGUCUGCCCAGCUCCGCCAAAGGGGCGAAUUGGGCCCGAUUUUUCUAGGCCCGCUUAAACGGGCCAGCCCGCGCAUCCCAUCCGCCCACUUUAAAAAAUCAGAAAAGGAAAACUAAAAAUCGAAGUUCACUUUUAUCCCUUCCGCCCACCUCCGACCUCCGACCACCGCCUCCACUUAAAAUCCACGUAUUCGGCCGCUGAUUUUCUCGUCGAAACUCGAAGUCGGGCUGACUAUUUUCCAGUUGAAGCUUGACGGCGCCGGAAUCGAAAUAUAUGCUGUCAGAUUCGACUUUGAAUAAUUCCCUUUCAGUGAAGAAAUCCUGUGAACACAUCUUCACCACACUAUUAGGAGAUUUUGGGUUCUCGUUUUUUCAUCCUAGAUCUCAAAGGUAAUUCUUGACCUGUAUAAAGUUACACAAGAUUGUGCACAUCUUCUGUUUGACAAAACGUCGAUGGCAACAUAACAUUUUCGUUUUAGUGAAGAAUCUACAAAUCGGUUUAAAUGAGGAGCGCGCGUGUGUGUUUGUCUGAUAUUUACAGUAAUUUCAGUUGUUGCUGGAGAUUAAGGGUUGCCUCCAACAUUGAAUCUGUUCUGUUCUUUGUAGAAUGCUGAAGACAUCAUUCUUUCCUUGCCGAGGAAGUGCUAUUGGUGCCUUCUCCCCAUCAUCUAUCAAGUUAUCAUCUGCUAGAGGAGCCACUAAUUCUAGGAUAAAUAUGGAGCUUUCAAUCACACGUCCCGAUGACUGGCAUCUCCAUUUGCGUGAUGGUGAACUUCUUGAAGCAGUUGCCCCUCACAGUGCAAAUUGCUUUGGAAGAGCUAUAGUCAUGCCAAACUUGAGACCUCCCAUCACCACAACAGCUGCAGCCAUUGCCUACCGCCAGUCAGUUCUGAAAGCUCUCCCAGCAAAUAGCGACUUCACUCCUUUGAUGACCCUUUAUUUGACGGAUAAUACCAGCCCAAAUGAGAUUAAAUUAGCUAUACAUGACACUAGUAGCUAUUGUACAGGGGAGAGUGGAGUGGUAUUUGGUGUGAAGUUGUAUCCAGCUGGCGCUACUACGAAUUCUCAAGAUGGUGUGACAGAUCUAUUCGGAAAGUGUUUACCUGUUCUAGAGGAAAUGGUUCGGCAAAACAUGCCGUUAUUGGUGCACGGAGAAGUAACAAGUUCUGAUGUCGAUGUGUUUGACCGUGAAAAAGUCUUCAUUGACUCGGUUCUUAUCCCCUUAACUCAAAAGCUUCCACAGCUGAAGAUUGUCAUGGAGCAUAUUACCACUAUGGAUGCUGUAAACUUUGUCGAGUCUUGCAAUGAAGGAUUUGUUGCAGCAACUGUCACGCCACAACAUCUCGUUUUGAACAGAAACUCCAUUUUCCAAGGAGGACUUCAGCCUCACAAUUAUUGCCUUCCAGUACUAAAACGAGAGACACAUAGACGUGCAAUUGUGUGGGCUGUCACAAGCGGAAGUAAAAGAUUUUUCCUCGGUACUGAUAGUGCUCCUCAUGAAAGAAGAAGAAAAGAGUCUGCUUGUGGAUGUGCAGGAAUAUAUAAUUCCCCUGUGGCCUUGUCGGUUUAUGCCAAGGCUGGUGCACUGGACAAGCUAGAAGGAUUUACGAGCUUUAACGGACCCGAUUUCUACAAUCUCCCUCGAAACAAGUCAAAGAUCAAGUUGACCAAGACCUCCUGGAAAGUGCCUUCUUCGUUUUCUUUCUCAUGGGGCGAAAUUGUUCCCAUGUUCGCUGGUGAGACACUCGAGUGGAAUAUUUCGAACACUUCCAGUUAGAAAGAACAAAAGAAUAUUUCAAUUUCGAAACACUUCAGGUUAGCUAGCCCUUCUUUUAACUUGGUUUUGAGACUUUUGUUUUGUACUCCCUCCUUUUUUUUUAAUUUUUUUUUUUUCAAUAGAUGUCGUUUUGAGAAGUUGCACACUAAUUAAGAAUAUUUUUUUGCCAAUAAUAACCCU